UUUGUUGUGUUUAUAUAUUGCGACUCAGGGCGAAACUGUGAUAAAACCUCGAAAUUGAAACGAAAUUUAGUCAGUCACAAAAAUUACAAGUGUCAAGAUGUCUCUGGUCAGCGAUGAAGAGUGGGUGGAGUACAAGUCCAAGUUCGACAAGAGCUACGAGUCUGAGGAGGAUCAGAUGCGUCGUGAACUGUACGCAAAGUCCAAGGCCCGCAUUGAUGAACACAAUCAGAAAUUCGAGAAGGGGGAAGUGACCUGGAAAAUGGGCAUUAACCAUUUGGCUGACCUCACUCCUGAAGAAUUCGCCCAGCGCUGUGGCAAAAAGCCUCCAAAUUAAGUACCAGAAUCUCAGCCAAGGAUAAUUUUAAAGCAGUGAUUUUUUAAAGACAGUAAUCUCUCUGUAUUUUUAGUAAUUUGCAUUUGUAUUUUUAAUGUUUUUCGUUUACCCACCCCCAAAAUAAACAAUAAAUCAGCUGUUUUGUACAUUUCAA